AUGGCAAGAAUCAAAAGUGCAACAUCACGUACUGGUAUGGUAUUGGAUGGCAACACAACCAGAUUAACAUUAGCUUUAAAACCGUCGAAUAGUAGGGUGUCAUGCUCUACAUCGUGUACAAAUGAAUCGUUAUCACCGAUAAAAUCUAAUACUGAUACAAAUUCGAUAUUAUCUUCAAUCAGUGAUCCACCAUCAUUAUUACCUUCGUCAAAAGAAAAAAAAUCAUCUUCAAGUACAGAAAAAAUGAAAAAGACAAAAUCACAAUGUAAAGCAGUAAUCAUCGAAUCAGAAGUUGAUGAAGAAGAUACUGAUAUUCAAAAAGGUGCAGAAGCACAGUAUGAUCUUAUUCCAAGUAUACAUGAAUGUGGUGGUAUUGAUCGGUUUUUAGAAGCUCCAUGUAUGAUAUUGUAUAAGCGUGUUUUCAUUGGUCAAGAUAUUGAAAAUAUUGAUGGUAAUGAAAGUGGAACAAUGAAUAGUAGAACAAAUGAAUUAGAACGAGAGGAUGAAAAGAUACAAGAACCAAAUGUCAGUGAAGAUGAAAUUAUAGAAGAAGGAACAUCACAAACAAAUAUGUCAAUUGGUGAUCUUUCUUUCCAAAUAGGUGGACUUUAUAUGUUUCUCAACAAAUAUCAAGAAGUAAAAGAAUGUGUCGACAACGUUUUGAGUUACGAUCGAGAACACGGUGUAUUAAUGUUCGGUGCUCAAUUGAAAACGUUAUUGGACAUCCAGAACGUUGAAAUUACUAAAAACAGAGCCUGUGCUACCCAGGCAGACAAUGAACGGUCAAAACUGCGUUUUAACGCGUCUAUCAAGCGUUUAUACCGUUUAAACCCCUUUAAACGUGUUUACCAUUGAAUUUUUCCGUUUUAAAUCGUUUUUACGGUUUAUUUUCAAGCAAACGUA